AUGGCAGCUCGUGGGGCUUACUUUGUGUCCGUUUUAGUGCUAGCAAUGAUCGGUUGGCAGUGUGCGGAGGCACAAAGUAAUCCAUGGCGACGACAAAACGACACCUUUGCUACUGAAUCGGCCAGCGAUCGUAGCCAACGGUUGGGACUAACCACGGGUUAUGGUGGCGUUAAUGGCUACGGUUACUCCAGCACCGGACUGGGUUCCUACACGCCGCUCAAGAUCGAUCUGGGUGGAGUGGUGCUUGGAACGCUCGUCGGUAUCGGUGCCCUACUGUUGCUUCCGAAGCUGGUCAAUGUGAUCGGUGGUGGGUACGGAGGAUCCGGUCACUACCGUAGCGCGGACAGCGACCCGACCGGUAUCAGCGAUCUGAUGAGCAAGGUUGAUGAUUACCUCGCUCAGAACAACAUCGAUUCUGGGGCUUGCAUGCAGAAGGCCGUCUGCAGCUACCUUCGUUCGUCCGACUACCAUGCGCAGGUGGGCACAGCCGAUCAAGUGGAGCAUAUGAUCCUGGCACUUUCCGAAAAUUCGAUCAUCGACUAUAUGCUGGAUGGAACGGCGAUCAAGGAGGCGAUCAAGAAUGGCAAAAUGCAGACGGCUCGAUCGUGCGAUGAACUAUACUCGACCUGUCCGCUUGACCGCCAAUCUACGCUGAAGCUGUUCAAGAAGAUGUUCCCGAUCGGAAACUAA